UCUUUUCUUAAACAUUUUUGUUGAAUGCAUCCUGCGAGAAAAAUGAACAAUCAUCACCUGUGUAUGAAGUUGAGACUUAGCGACUGUGUUUAAGCUCUGACCAAACAAUUGAGUGAAGGUGACAUGCCACCAAAACCCUUUCAAAUCAAGUUAGAUAAAUCUGAAAACGAAAAGUGAAGCAAACUAGUGACAAGAUGGCGGGAAACUUUGAAUUGCUAAAUUUGAUAGGCAGCGGAACCUUUGGCCAAGCAUGGCUUGCAAGAAACAAAAAAGAUAAUUCAAAAUGUGUGAUUAAAGUAGUAAAAAUUCUUAAAAUGUCUGAAGGUGAACUUGAUCAAGCUUUGACGGAGGUGUCAGUUCUAGCUAGAUGUAAAAAUACCAACAUUAUAAAGUAUCUUGAUGCCUUUGUUGAUGAUGGGUCUCUUAAAAUAGUAAUGGAAUAUGCAGAUGGAGGGGAUCUGCACAAAAGAAUUGUUAACCAGAAAGGGAUACAUUUUGGUAAGGAGGCAAUCCUGGAUUGGUUUGUACAAAUCUGCUUUGCAUUAAAGUAUAUACAUUCACAGAAUAUUCUACAUAGAGACUUGAAAACACAGAAUAUAUUUCUUACAUCACAAAAUGUGGUAAAGAUUGGUGAUUUUGGAAUAGCCAGAGUUUUAAGGGACAGUGCAGAUUGUGCUAUGACAGCUAUUGGAACACCUUUUUACCUGAGCCCUGAAAUAUGCCAGAAAAAACCAUAUAACCACAAAAGUGAUAUGUGGGCCCUUGGAUGUGUUCUUUAUGAAAUGUGUACUCUUCAUGUACCUUUCAAUGCAAAGGACUUUGAUUCUUUGGUGAUGAAGAUAAUGACAGGCCAGUUUGAACCACUGCCAAGUCACUUUGGAACAACUAUAAGAUACUUGUGUACCAGAUUACUUGACAAAGACCCAGAUAAAAGGCUUUCUGCAAAUGAAGCUUUGAAUUUUUCACCUUUGAAGACAUUUGUACAAAGAUAUGAACCAAUAAAAAGAAAAAUACCAACACUGGCUGUGAGACGGUUUUCCAGUAACUCUGAAAAUAAAUCAAUCAGGAAAAGAUCAGGUUCGGAUAAUAAAAUUCCUAUGAAAAAGGAAGAGAAGAGUGUGAAGAAAUCAAUGAACUUUAUAUCAAAAGACAAUCAGGACCAAGCUGUCAGAAAGCAGAGUGACCCUUUACGUAGCAUACAGAUCCAGGAGAAGUUUGCCAGACGACCUAGUAUAAGAGCAGAAUGUCCUAGCCCCAAAAAGAAAGGCAUUGACUGGAUGUCUGAUAAAGAAAACAUAGAUCCUAGGAGGCUUAUUGGUAAUAAGACCUAUCAAGUGAAGUAUCCUAAAUUCCGUAGAUUUUCAUUGGCUACUCCAAGGAUUAAAAGAAUUGUCUCUCAGCAAAGAUCUUCUGUGUCAACAGAUGAACAAGACAAAUGCAAACAGUUUAAGGAAGAAUGUGUAAGAUCAGUUUUAUACAGAAAUAUAGAAAGAGAAAGUAGACAGUCAUCACAUCCUUCUGAUAGCAACAAAGAACAAGAAAAUACCACUGUUGAUGAAAGCAUUGAUGAUGAAGUAUUCAGUGAUGCUAGCUUGGUGUUGGCCUCACUGGAGGAAAGUCAGCAAACUGUUGUCAAUUUAACUAAAAUAACAUCUGUAGAAAAUGGUAAAGUGGCAUCUGUUGAAAGUGUGUGCAGAGGUCCAAUGGAAAAUAGUCGAAGGAUGUCUAAUGGAAAGAAUAGAAGAGCUUCAAUUGAAAGUAAUUUAAAAAGAAUGUCUCUGGAGAAAGGUAGAAGAGAGUCCGUAGACAAUGGUAGAAGGCAUUCAGUGGAGAAUAGCAGAAGAGCUUCAAUUGAGAGUAAUUUAAAGUUUUCCAAGGAAAACAGAAGAGUGUCUCUGGAGAAAGGUAGAAGAGAGUCUGUAGAAAAUAGUAGGAGGUCUUCAGUGGAAAGUAGCAGAAGAGCUUCAAUUGAAAAUGGUCCAAAGACAUUUAGAGGAAAUGACAGGAAUGACAGAAGAAAAUCUGUUGAGAAUAAUCAAAGAUCUGGUUUUGAUAAUCGUCCUAAAACCGCUGCUAAACUUCAAAGAAAGCCUACAGUGGAUAAAAAUUAUCGAAGAGUUUCUGGGUCAGAAGGAUGUUUGGUUGUACCCAACCCUCCCUCAGAAGAUCCAAAGACUAUACGAAGGUCAUGCUCUUAUGAUGCCAUCAGGAAUGAAAAGGAAAGCUUAAAUGUAGGGGACAGUUCAUCAUCCAUCAAUAAAAGGAAAAAAUCAGAAUCCGAGACAUAUAUAGUGAAAAAACCACCUUCUGGAUCCCUUGAUAAUUCAAUUUCUGCUACCAAUGCAAAAGAAACUUCGUCCGCUGAUAAAGAGAUGUCCAAGUAUAUCAACAAAGCAUUAUACAUGUCCCUGCAGGACUAUUUACAAUCACCCAAUACAGCAAAAAACAAAGUGUUCAAGAGACUUGGUGAUAUUUUUGGAGAAGCAAAAUUAGAUGAAAUUUUGGAAGUUUGUCGAGAAUGUCUAUACAACAAUGAUAAUUAUGAUACCUUUCAUUCUAUGUUGUCCGAGACAGAUGUCAUAUGUCUACCUCUUGUUUUUCAGUAUUUACAACUGGAAGGAUCUCAGUAAUGUCUGGUAUUGAAUGUUUCAUUAUUAGGGCUUUUUGGCUAUUUUGGAAGGGAAUGACUUCCAAACCCAUUCACCAGGUAAUUAAUAUAUACAAUGUAUAUAAGAUUGAAUAAUUACAGGGUAUUCAUUAUUAUUUUUUUUUUAAUUGCCAAAAUUUUGAAAUUGGAGAAAGAAUAGGGCAAUACAAAUUAUUCCUGGUAUCGCUAAAUUGAGCUAUCAUGUGAAAGUGUACAUCAUGUACAUGUUAUAUUGCUUACAAAAUUCUGCCAGUAAAGUUUACAAAAUAACGUAACUCAUAUAUUGUUUGUUUUAGACCCAUCUGCCUGGAAGGGAUUACAGUCCUAUCUAUAAAUCUGCUGGUUAUAUGUCAUCGCAUCCUACAUAAAUAAUCAUGUUUUUAAAAAUUGAACAGAUUACAGAAUGUCUUAACAUAUUAUCAUUAUUUACCAAAAUUUGAAAAUUAACUCUGAUUGCAGUGAUUGAAAGUUUUUUCAUUAUUUUAAAAUUCUAAAAUUUAGAUACUGCAUUUAUGAGUUCAUAAUUUUUAUCAAUAAUUUAGAAUAAAAUUCAUACAAAAUUUCUUUAUCUCUGGAAUCCUGUCUCCCAUGUUGGCCAAAAAUGGUAGCCAUUCUUGUCAUGAACAGUUAUAGGUAUUGAUGAAAAGCAAAAAAUAUUUGACAUUCAUAAUGUGCAAUUUUCACAACUGCUUGUUGCCAUGGUAACUCAUGGAAUUUAAAAGUUUUCUCAAUUUCCUGAAAAUUACUUAACAUAAACGUGUUUUAACAGUUUAGGGUCCUGCAUAUUGAUUUCUAUAUUUGCCCUAUAUUUUGGGUCAAAUAAGGGCCUUUAUAUUCCAAAUUAAUGUUGAAAUUUUCAUAUGGUAUUUUUGUGCAAUACAAACUUGUUUAAUUUUUUUUCUUUGCAUAUAUAUUUUUUGAUAUUAAUGACAUAUUCAGAGUAAAUAAAUGUAUAUACUUACAAUAUUUUGCCCCUAUUGGCAAAAGAUUUUCCUGUGAUCUGAAAUAUACAUUUGCUAUCAAAGAUACUUAUUUAUUGUUUAUCUUUAUUGUAGUUACAUUUAUACAGUUUGUAGAAUUAAAUUUGGAAAUUAUUAAAAAAAAAGGGUUGAUUAUUUAAAUGA